AUGUCGGCGUCCGGCGUCUCUCCGCCGUCGAACCAGGCCAGGCGCUGGCAAGCUGUGCAAGGGAAAUUCGAAAACGACACAUGGUAUUGCGCAUGCGAUCCCCCUCUGAAAGCAUCAUUCCUACAAGUGAAGAAGGCUGGCAACAAUGCUGGGCGCUGGUUUUACAACUGCCAGAUGCCGCGCGGGGACCAAUGUGGUUUCUUCCUGUUUGAAGACGCUGCGCGGGUACUCGAGAGGAGGGCGCAGACCCAAACCGCAGAGAAACGAGCGGAACCGUCCAUCUUCAAUCGCCCACUGGCAGCCCAAAUAAAUUCGCCCGCGGGCCCAAGCAAUGGCUCACCGGCGGGGAACAGGCCGAGCCCAGCCAGCCACAUCCAAAGAGCGAAUUACAACUUGGGCCAUGCUACUCGAUCUGUUCGAUCCGACUCGCCGUUCUCGGAAGCAGCUUCGGCCGUUACCGCCCCUCUCUAUUCCCCAGCCAGCAGCGUGUUCGGCACCCCGGCCCCGAGACUGGGUAUCUUCCGCGGCAUUCCCCGCCUGGGGGAUAAAUCCUGGAGCUCGGACGAUGAGGAUAGCGAUGUUACGGCGGACCUGCCCGCAAAGUCCCCGACCAAGUCCGCGGCCAAGUCCCCCACCAAGUCCACGGCCAAGUCCCCGACUAAAUCCGCAGCCAAGUCGCCGGGGAAGUCCCCCGCAACAUAUCAGUCCAAUCUUCACCGGUACCUCGGCCUAUCCACCCCGACCCCGAAGAGAAAGCGGUCCAGCGCCGACAACGGAGAUGCUGGGCGCAACAAUAACGGCACCAAUCGAAACGACGCCGUCGUGAUCCUCUCCGAUCUCGACUCGGACGACGCGGACGAUCUAGUCGAGCUCGCCGACUCGACGGAGCGGCAGCUCCAUUCCUCGUCGCACCCAUCUUCGCAGACCAACGGCCCACCUAGCGGCGCCCGGUCCGGGUCCGGCGGCCUACCCACCCCCGAGACCGGCAACAGCUUCAUCAGCGCGUCAGGAGACCGGCCCAGCACCUCCAAGCGCUUCAAAAACGCCCUGGGCCUCGCCGCACCGCCGACACCCACACCCACCCGCAACCGGAACGCCUUCCCGGGAGCAGCAGCAGCAGCAGCACCCAACCACAACCACAGCCCCAACCCCAACCAACCAAAAUCCCACCCCACCACCGAACCCCCCUACUACCCCUCCGAAGAAGAAGACGCCCCCAUCACCAGCACCAUCCUCUCCCUCCUCCAACCCCAACCCAUGAACAUACCCCCGCACAUCCAGCACACCAUCCGCACCGCCCUCAACACCCACGCGCGCUGCGCCAAGGGCGUCGAGCGCGCCCGCGACGGCCUGCGCGACACCCUGCGCGUCCGCGACCGCUGCAUCGCCGACCUCCGGGCGCGCGUCGAUCGGCUGGAGACGGAGCGCCGGUUGCGGCAGGAGGUGUUGAGGAGUGAUUUGGAGGCGUUGUCGCAGGGUGGGGAGGGGGGUGGGAAUAAUAAUAGUGGUGGUGGUGGUGGUGGUGGAGGGGAUGGGGCGAGUGUGGGGGUUGAUGUGGAUGUGGGUUACAGCAGUACAGAGGAAACUGCGAGAGAUCCUAGAGGCUUGGCGACAAGUGCAUCAAAUCUCCCGGCUGCUGUGUUGACUUUACUUCCUAAUCUGGAAGACUGCCACGGUCGUGAUUGGCCAAAGCUGACGCGGCCGGGCGCGAAGCUCGCACACGACGUGGGUCUUGAAUUGAUUGUGGGGUGGACUCUGCUGCACUGCUUCCUCUCCGGAACAACGCGUGUCUGUUCCCAGUCCCGUGUCGGAAUUCCCCUCAACACGCUCUCGGAGCUCUCAUCGCGUGUUGAUGCACCCUCCAUCGCCGCCCACCAUGGCUUCCCAGACCUCGUCCCUACCGCCGCCCUCUCCUCCCGCAGCUGCAUCACCCUCCGAUUCUUUGCAGAGCGACAACAUAACCCCGGCUGCCUCCCAACAAUCACUGCCGCCCACGUCGGACCCCGCGUCGCCCUCCGCCAUGGGACAACGCCACCCCAGGGAGCAGCACCCCAAGGGCAAGAGAAAUCGGACAUCGCCUACAGCGAAAAGCCGCAGCCGAACCAGGAGGAGAUUGCCGAGAUUACAUCGCGUGUCUCCAUGAACAAGCAGGCCGUUCGCAUCUGGUUCCAGAACAGACGCCAAAACGAUCGCCGCAAAGCGCGUCCACUGUCGCCUCAACUCAUCGAAAGCAUCACACAGGGUCGUAUCUCCGUGUCUCGCUUCGGCGAGCUUCCCGAGCACACCUCGUUCAACGCCGGGAGCUUCCCAGGCUCCUCCCAGAGCAUGUCGACGCCGGAGCAACGGGCAAGUUCCUCCGCCCACUCGGACGCUGCUAGCUGCCGCUCCGAAGGUGCACCGGCGAGCCUGCGGAGAGCGGUGCACCCUGGGGGUUCGGUUUCAUUCGAGCCUGCGGAGCCCCCUUCUUGGCCCCUCUCAGGGACGCCGGGUUAUGUCUCGAAUCGACGGAACACCAUCGGCGCCCUCCUCUUGCCCUCAACUUCUGGUCGUCAUGACUCCUUCAGAUCCGAACCGUUCUCAUCCUCAUGUCCGCUCCCCACCUCUUCCAACGACAAUCACGAUGGCUUCGGUUGGAAACCGAGCUCGCAGCCGUCUCAGUUCCGUCUGUCGACGUCCAUGUCGGGCCAGGCUGAGAUCACAACAGAGUCCCCACCCCGCCCAAGCCGCGUACUAUCACCCGUAGAACCUCUUCUAGGGUUAGAUACCGCCAGCCCCCCAGAACUCCGUCGCUCCGUCAGCUCCGCAAGCCUCAGCCGGCGGGCUCCUGGUCUCAGGCGCAGCCGCUCGAGUAACGUCCGGGUCUGGGAGGACUGCGCCAACAAGGAAACCCGCGAGGAUCCGUUAAUCAAGCAGGCCAAGCAUGAGAGCAGCGGUUCGGCCAUUGCGCAGAUCGGUUUGCUCCGUUUCUCGAGUGCAACCGGGAGCCCUACUCUCGACCAGGCCUGCAACAACAGCAGCGGCCGUGCGAAGCGCCGCACCCACCCCACGACCGCUAGCCCAGACGCCCGUACCGCCAUUUCCAAAAGGGCGAGGCUCGAGCGGUCAUGGAGCACCCAGGCCAGGAUCGAGACAACACCGGCCCUCGGCCAGCGACACAACGCACAGCCAAGCCGGCCGGUUUCCGCCUACCCCGCGGGCAAGCCCAAGCCCAACGGGCUCGAUCACUUGUCGCUGCUGGCCUCGGAAGAGGACAAGGAGAACUGGAGCCCCGACGAAGAUGGAAACCCACGCCCCUUCCGCCGUACCCUCUCCACCGGUAACGCCUCGUUAGCAUCCUCCGGCCGCCACCGCCUCCCCUCUGGUCCGCCGUCCAGCAAAACUCUCACCGACCGAAAUCCACGCCGGACGUCACAGCACCCCCCCGAAUCCCGUACAUCUCUCACGCGCGCCGCCACAUCGCCCUCGUCUUGGUCUGCUUAUUCCAAGCAAUACCGAACAGGCGGUGGUAUCUCCCGGCGCCGCUCACCCGUCAAACCACGGGGUACCUCGCCACUCCUAGUUUAUGAGGACGAGGACGGCGUUGAACACGAGAAAACUGCCGCCGACAAGUUCUUGAACGCCGACCAUCUCCAUCGUUUCGUGGCGGCCGAUGAUGCCAGUCCGAGCAAGAAGGUGGCCGUUGCCGCUGCGAAUUUGAUUGCGCUCAAAUUUGCACGGUAA